AUGGGUUCUUACUUCAGAGGUUAGUAGAACAUUUGACUUGUUUGCCAGUAUGGGGCCUUUUAAACAAAAAUGUACAAUUGUUUUUUAAAAUCACUCUUAUAUUGAAAAAGUUUCAUGUGUUUGAAAUAUUUUCAAGUUAUGAAAUUAAAGCUGCUAUGAGGAAUUUUGGCUGGCCAUGAAACAGACUGAAAAAUUAUAUUUCUAGAUGUGGUUUUUACACUUGAAUCAGCUGCUGUCGAGUAAGUGGGUUACAAUUUUUAGCAGAAUUUGUUUUUUAUUUAUUUAUUUUUGCAUGUUUUCUGAAAAGUGCUCACAGUGCACACUAUGUUUAACUGUUUAAAGAAAGGAGGAUAGCCAAGGUGUACUGUUUUGUUCACUGUAGGGUAUAAAUCGGUCUAUAGCUCAUGGUCUCAUUUGUGAGAGCUUAAAGAAUUCCAAUAAGACUUACACUUUAAAUUUUACAGUAAAAUUGAAAAGAAAAUAUUGGUAUUUAGAUAACUGUAAAAUAUCAAAACAAAUCAUAGCUGUUUAAGCUGAUAUCAGAAUUAAUCCUGUUUUAAUAAAUUUCCUACUGUUGGAUAAAGUACAAAUAAGUAAAAGAUCUAUAUUCCCAUUGCAGCCAAAAAGCACCACGCACAUGUAUUACCAUGACAUUAAAAAAAAUAGAAAAGCAAAAAAAAAAAAAAAAAGUGCAGAUUAAAGUGUUUCAUGAUCCUUUAAGUUGAAAUCUCAUGUUGUAUAGAUCAUUAUAAGUUAGUUUGAAGUGAGCAUGGGCAAGUGCAGCUUUAUUAAUACCAUUAAAACUCCAUUGAGACAUUUUUUAAGUGGUUACAAAAAUGACUGAAAAUAAAUGUGAUGCCGAACCAGACCAGAAUAUCAGCCAUGAGGUUAAUUAUUUCAACACUCUCUUUUUACAUGUCUAAAACCACUGCUGCACAGUGGGCACGACAAGAAGAGUAUAAACACUGGAGUUGUCAUUGUAUAAAAUAUUCCCGUCACAGUUAUCAUAGCCAAAAAAAAUAUAUAUAUAUCCUGAUAUAAUAUUCAAUGUGGUAUUAUAGGAUAUAAGGAAAAGUUCAAGUGCUAGUCAAACAAAGGGAGGCAUCAGAUUAUGAAACCAAAACAACUCCCAAACUGCCGAUGAAACUUUUUGAGUGAGUCUAAAGUAGAGUACCUCAAUGACACGAGUAUAUAGUUCAUACAGAUAAGUAUAUAGUGUGAUAGCCUGUUAUUGUGGGUAAAUGUUCAUUUCUGUUGUGUCAAGUGUUGUAAUGAUGUAAUAGUCCCAGUGUUGCUGUGGAGGCUAGUAAUUACCCACAACAAUGUCAGAAACAGAGAGUGAAACUAGAAAGGAAACAGAAAAGCAUUAAUUUUCUUUCUCUCUAAUUCUUCAGGAUCCUUUUGGCUGAUACUCCUCUUCAUCCUGCCUUUCACCUGCACUUUGAACUGCCCAUCAGGCUGCACUUGUAAGCUUUUCAUCGACUGUUCUGGCUUGCACUUUAAAGAUGUACCCAGGGAACUCCCUCUCAACACCACCAAACUGCUGCUUUCCCACACCAACAUAAGGGUCCUAAAUGAGUACAGCUUUAGUUUUUUACCACAGCUGACCCGCUUCAGUCUGACUGAUAGCCCCUUAAACUCCAUCCAUCCCCGGGCUUUCCAGAGUGCUGUAGACCUCAUGUCUAUCAGGCUGGCAUCCACUGAUAUCUCCACCCUCCCAGCUCGGGUGUUCAGUCCACUGCCUGGAUUGCUGCAGCUGAUUUUAGACGACAACCAGCUGGAAACCAUAGCUCCAGACAUGUUUGAGGGACUUUUUCGGUUGCAGCAACUAAUCCUACGUCAGAACCUACUGAAAAGUCUUGCUUCAGAUAUUUUUGAUGGACUGACCAACCUUCGCUCUUUGGAUCUCGGCAGGAACUUCAUUAAAAAGCUGCCCUCCACCAUAUUUCAUAGUCUUACUAAACUCAACCAGCUGUCUCUCGAUUACAAUGAGUUAGAGGUGCUGGAACCUGGGAUCUUUGACAGACUUGUGGCCCUUGAAGACCUAAGAGUAAACAAAAACCAGAUCAGCAGCCUCCCCCCGCGGUUGUUCUGGCCACUGAGAAACCUGAAGAUCCUCUUUCUGUCCUACAACCAACUUCAGACUAUCCCAGAAGAGAGCUUUUACUUCAUGCCCGUGCUACAGACGCUGACCCUCCACAAAAACCCACUUCUUUCUCUUCCAGACCAGCUGAUGGGACACAUGCCUUACAUUGGCAACUUCGCUUUGUAUGGAACAAACCUCACCACUGUUCCUGGAAAUCUGUUCACAAACAUGUCUGGACUCCAGAUUCUUCACUUGAAGUUCAAUGACCAGCUGAAAGAACUGCCUUCAGACCUCUUCUGCUGCCUCCAGAACCUUCAAGUUCUCUCACUGGAAGCUAACGACCUCCACCAUCUUCACCCGCACCUCUUCUCUAACCUAAGCUCACUGAUGAAACUGUAUCUUCAAGAAAAUAAGCUUAAGACUCUCCCAGAAGAUAUUUUCUUAUCAAAUAAAGGUUUGCAAAGGGUCUUUUUGACUAACAACUCCUGGGACUGUAAUUGUAGUAUUAGAAGUCUGUCAAAGUGGAUAAGAGAGAAUGAGCGUGUGGUUCCGGACAGUAAUAAUACUCUGUGCCGCAGUCCCAUGCACCACGUAAACCGCAUUCUUGGCUCUCUGCAUGAUAAGGAGUUUUUCUUUUGUGAUGCUACCACACCAAGUUAUUUCAGGACAACUCUGAAAAGUCAACCCCUCACCAGCACUGCUCGCACUACCACCAGCACUGCCGCCACUACCGCCGCCAGCACUACCACCAGCACUGCCACCAGCACUGCCGCCAGCACUACCACCAGCACUGCCGCCAGCACUGCCACCAGCACUGCCACCAGUACUGCCACCAGCACUGCCACCAGCACUACCACCGACAGACACAUUAUCACCACCUUCACCACUGCCACCUCUACCCUGCCGUUCUCGGAGGAAUUUCCCCGCUCUAAAAAGGCUUUUAAGACUGCUGAUGUGUCCCCUCCUUUCUAUGACAAGAUGGUUUUUGAGAAAGGGUCUGACUUUGUUCACCACAACAUUCACAACAGCUGGGUUUAUGUAUGGUCACUGCCUUCAGAUACGGUCCUGGCAGGGAUCCUCAUGUUUUCUCACAUCAUUCUUGUAGCUACAGGCGUGUCUCUCAUUCUUGCUGCCAUGUAUGGUUUGUACCGCCUCGACAAUGUUGUGUAUGAGCUGCAGGCUGAGUGUGCAAAAACUUGUGGGUAA